AUGAGCACAGAAGAUAGUGAGACAAACCGAUUAGAAAUUCUGUCAGAGAAGACGGUUAACAAAGGGCAAUCACAAAAAAAUAGUGAAGAUGAAAAUGCGCAAAAGCAUACAGAAGAAGAAACUAAAGAGAAUAAAGGAGAUGAUAUUAAUCAAGCGGACAUUCAUGAAAAGAAAAAACAUGAAGUAAAUGGUACAGAGGAGCAAGAAAAGCAGCCUAAUGCUGAAAAGCAGGUUCAUAGUAUAAAUUUAGAAGAUGAAAACAUAGAAGACAUAAAAGUUCCAGAACUGACGAUUCCAGGCAAUAACAACGAUCUUUCAUACGCACCAUCAUUUAAAGACGUUAAUAACAAUAAUGAUGAACUUGCAGAGCUCCGGGGAGAAGGCCGAUAUUUUGGAGUUGCGGAUCCAGAUGCUUCGGAACCAAUAUGUUCAAAUUGCCACCAAAGAGGACACAAACGAGCCAAAUGUACGGUUGUUGUUUGUCAUCUGUGCGGAAAAGUUGGAGACCACUAUGAAUCACAAUGCCCAAUAUCCAUGGUUUGCUCAAACUGUGGCAAAAAAGGCCAUUAUCGUAAUAACUGCCCUGAUAAAAGACACUACAACUACUGCACAUAUUGCAAUUCACGCACACAUUCAACGGAUAGAUGCCCAAACAUAUGGAGAAGUUACAUAGUAAAGAAGAUCUCGCAUGAUUCCUCGGUGAGACGAGAUAUGUAUCCAAGUGGAUUGAUAUUCUGCUAUAAUUGCGGACACGAGGGCCAUUUUGGUGAUAAUUGCCCAUUUCCUAGAGUUUCGCGCACUCCAAACAUCAAUGGAUCGGCAUUCACAGGUGAAAAUCUCCCGCGUGAGUUUCGCAAUCUGUACAGAGUGCGAUUAUCCGAAGUUAAAAGGCGGCAUCAUGAUAGAUACCGUGAUGACAACACUGAGAGGAGCUAUGCAAACAGAGAAUCAUCCGAGGACUAUUCCUCCAGUAGAAAGAGGAAGAGAAGAUCCGAUAAAAGUUCAUCUAUGAGAAAAAGACGCAAAUUUUCAGACAAUGCAGGCUCAUCAUACGAAGCAAGACAUGAUAAUAAUUACAGCCACAACAAAUCCAACAACAGACAUGGCCAUCAUCACUCAUCAAAUAACCAAAAUAGAGGGUCCAGGCCAUCGAAGUCUGGAUUUCUCCCUCCCCGUAGAAAAGCACAGCCAACGCGUUCUGGCUAUUUAAACAAUAGGAGGAGAUAA